AUGAGGACCAGUUUCCUCAUGCUGAGGACAAGGUUACUCACGCUGAGGACAAGGUUCCUCACGAUGAGGACAAGGUUCAUCAAGCUGAGGAAAAGGUUCCUCACACUGAGGACAAGGUUCCUCACUCUGAGGACAGGGUUCCUCACGCUGAGGACAAGAUACCUCACAAUGAGGACAAGGUUCCUCACUCUGAGGACAGGGUUCUUCACGCUGAGGACAAGGUAUCUCACUGAGGACAAGGUUCCUCACGCUGAGGACAAGGUUCCUCACGCUGAGGACAAGGUUCCUCACGCUGAGGACUACGUUCCUCAAGCUGAGGACAAGGUACCUCACAAUGAGGACAAGAUUCCUUCCGCAGAGGACAAGGUUUCUCAAGGUGAGGACAAGGUACCUCACCAUGAGGACAAGGUUCCUCAUGCUGAGGACAAGGUUACUCACGCUGAGGACAAGGUUCCUCACGCUGAGGACAAGGUUCCUCACGUUGCGGACAAGGUACCUCACACUGAGGACAAGGUUCCUCACAAUGAGGACAAGGUUCCUCACUCUGAGGACAGGGUUCCUCACGCUGAGGGCAAGGUAACUCACACUGAGGACAAGGUUCCUCACGCUGAGGACAAGGUUCCUCACGGUGAGGACAAGGUUCCUCAUGCAGAGAACAAGGUUCCUCACGCUGAGGACAAGGUCCCUCAAGCUGAGGUCAAGGUUCCUCACGCUGAGGACAAGGUUCCCCACGCUGUGGACAAGGUUCGUCACGCUGAGGACAAGGUUUCUCACGCUGAGGACAAGGUUCCUCACGCUGAGGACAAGAUUCUUCACGCUGUGGACAAGGUUCCUCACGCUGAGGACAAGCUUCCUCAAGCUGAGGACAAGGUUCCUCACGCUGAGGACAAGCUUCCUCACGCUGCGGACAAGGUACCUCACGCUGAGGACAAGGUUCCUCACGCUGUGGACAAGGUUCCUCACGCUGAGGACAAGGUACCUCACACUGAGGAUAAGGUUCCUCACACUGACGACAAUGUACCUCACAGUGAGGACAAGGUACCUCACACUGAGGACAAGGUACAUCACACUGAGGACAAGGUUCCUCAUGCUGAGGACAUGGUACCUCAUACUGAGGACAAGGUUCCUCACACUGAGGACAAGGUACCUCACACUGAGGACAAGGUACCACACACUGAGGACAAGGUUCCUCACGCUGUGGACAAGGUUCCUCACGCUGAGGACAAGGUUCCUCAACCUGAGGACAAGGUUCCUCAAGCUGAGGAAAAGUUCCUUACGCUGAGGACAAGGUUCCUCACGCUGCGGACAAGGUACCUCACAAUGAGGACAAGGUUCCUCACACAGAGGACGAGGUUCCUCACGCUGCGGCCAAGGUACCUCACGCUGUGGACAAGGUACCUCACACUGAGGACAAGGUACCUCACACUGAGGACAAGGUACCUCACAGUGAGGACAAGGUACCUCACCCUGAGGACAAGGUUCCUCACGCUCAGGACAAGGUAUCUCACACUGAGUACAAGGUUCCUCACUCUGAGGACAAGAUUCCUCACGCUGAAGACAAGGUUCCUCACGCUGAGGACAAGGUACCUCACACUGAGGGCAAGGUUUCUCAAGCUGAGAACAACGUCCCUAACCCUCAGAACAAGGUUCCUGGCGGUGAGGACAAGGUUCCUCAAGCUGUGGACAAGGUUCCUCACGUUGAGGACAAGGUUCCUCACGCUGAGGACAAGGUCCCUCAAACUGGGGACAAGGUUCCUCACGCUGAGUACAAGGUUCCUCACGCUAAGGACAAGAUUCAGCACGUUGCGGACAAGGUACCUCGGGCUGCGCACAAGGUUGCUCACGCUGAGCACAAGGUACCUCACACUGUGGACAAUGUCCCUCAAACUGAGGACAAGGUUCCUCACGAUGAGGACAAGGUACCUCACACUCAGGACAAGGAACCUCACACUGAGGACAAGGUACCUCACACUGAGGACGAGGUUCCUCAUGCUGAGAACAUGGUACCUCACACUGAGGACAAGGUUCCUCACGCUGAGGACAAGGUUCUUCACGCUGAGGACAAGGUUCCUCACGCUGAGGACAAGGUUCCUCACGCUGAGGACAAGUUUCCUCACGCUGCGGACAAGGUACAUCACGCUGAGGACAAGGUUCCUCACGCUGAGGACAAGGUACCUCACACGUAGGACAAGGUUCUCACCCUGAGGACAAGGUUACUCACGCUGAAGACAGGGUUCCUCACGCUGAGGACAAGGUUCAUCACGCUGAGGACAAGGUUCCUCACGCUGGAGACAAAGUUCCUCACGCUGAGGACAAGGUUCCUCACGCUGAGGACAAGGUUCCUCACGCUGAGGACAAGGUUCCUCACGCUGUGGACAAGGUUCCUCACGCUGUGGACAAGGUUCCUCACGCUGAGGACAAGGUACCUCACGCUGAGGACAAGGUUACUCACAUUGAGGACAAGGUUCUUCACGCUGUGGACAGGGUUCGUCACGCUGAGGACAAGGUUCCUGACGCUGAGGACAAGGUACCUCACGCUGAGGACAAAGUUCCUCACAUUGAGGACAAGGUUCUUCACGCUGUGGACAGGGUUCGUCACGCUGAGGACAAGGUUCCUCACGCUGAGGACAAGGUUCCUCACGCUGGAGACAAAGUUCCUCACGCUGAGGACAAGGUUCCUCACGCUGAGGACAAGGUUCCUCACGCUGAGGACAAUGUUCCUCACGCUGGGGACAAAGUUCUUCACGCUGAGGACAAGGUUCCUCACGCUGAGGACAAGGUUCCUCACGCUGAGGACAAGGUUCCACACGCUGUGGACAAGGUUCCUCAUGCUGCGGACAAGGUUCCUCACACUGAGGACAAGGUUCGUCACGCUGUGGACAGGGUUCGUCACGCUGAGGACAAGGUUCCUCACGCUGAGGACAAGGUUGCUCAGGCUGGAGACAAAGUUCCUCACCCUGAGGACAAGGUUCCUCACGCUGAAGACAAGGUUCCUCACGCUGAGGAGAAGGUUCCUCUCGCUGAGGACAAGGUUCCUCACGCUGAGAACAAGGUUCCUCACGCUGAGGACAAGGUUCCUCACCCUGAGGACAAGGUUCCUCACGCUGAGGACGAGGUUCCUCACGCUGAGGACAAAGUUCCUCACGCUGGAGACAAAGUUCCUCACGCUGAGGACAAGGUUCCUCACGAUGAGGAUAAGGUUCCUCACGCUGAGGACAAGGUUUCACACGCUGAGGACAAGGUUUCACACGCUGUGGACAAGGUUCCUCACGCUGAGGACAAGGUACCUCACACUGAGGACAAGGUUCCUCGCACUGAGGUCAAGGUUCCUCACGCUGAAGAUAGGGUUCCUCACCCUGAGGACAAGGUUCCUCACGCUGAGAACAAGGUUCCUCACUCUGAGGACAAGGUUUCUCACGCUGUGGACAAGGUUCCUCACGCUGAGGACAAGGUUCCUCACGCCGAGCACAAGGUUCUUCACGUUGAGGACAAGGUUCUUUACGCUGUGGAGAAGGUUCCUCACGCUGAGGACAAGGUUCCUCACGCUGAGGACAAGGUUCGUCACGCUGGCGACAAGGUACCUCACACUGAGGAAAAGGUUUCUCACGCUGAGGACGAGUUUUCUCACGCUGAGGACUUGUCCUCAGGGUGAGGAACCUUGUCCUCAUUGUGAGGUACCUUGUCCUUUGUGUGGGGAACCUUCGUUCCCCACGCUGAGGACGAGGUUCCUGAAGCUGAGGAUAAGGUUACUCACGCUGAGGACAAGGUUCUUCAUGCUGAGGACAAGGUUCCUCAUGCUGAGGACAUGGUACCUCACACUGAGGACAAGGUUCCUCACGCUGAGGACAAGGUUCCUCGCGCUGAGGACAAGGUUCCUCACGCUGAGGACAGGCGUCCUCACGCUGAGGACAAGGUUGCUCACGGUGAGGACGAGGUUCCUCACGCUGAGGACAAGGUUAAGACUGGGUCUCUAAAUAUGCACCAAGCAUACAAAAAAGCUAGGAACGAGGUAACUAAAAAUAUUAAACAGGCCAAAGCCAAACACUUCAUACACUGUUUUGAAACAACCACCAAAAACCCACAAGAGAUGUGGAAAACUAUUAAUAAAUGGAUUAACAAGAAAUCAAAAACAACAACUAUUUCCGAAAUUAAAACUGACAAUGGAAGUGUUACCGAUGCUAAAGAAAUUACAAAUGUCUUAAAUGACUAUUUUUGCAACAUAGGUUCAAAUCUGGCAGAAAACUUAGAAAGGACACCAAUUCAACCAUCUAGUUAUAUUGAUCAGAGUGAAACUGAAUUUAAGCUGCACUCUGUAACUGAAAAUGAAGUUUAUAAAUAUCUUUCCAAUGUUAAACCAACUAAAUCGACUGGUUAUGACCAAAUACCACCAAAAUUAAUUAAAGAUGCGGCUGGAGUAAUCAGUAGAUCACUAACAAAAAUUUUUAACGAAUCUAUUGUAUCUGGAAUUUUUCCUGAUGAUCUAAAAAUAGCGGUGCUGUCGCCAAUCUUUAAGAAAGAUGAUAGGUCCUGUUGUGGUAACUAUAGACCAAUUUCAGUACUAUCAGUUAUAGCGAAAGUUUUGGAGAAAAUUGCAUUUGAUCAAUUGUGUAGUUAUCUUCAUGGUAACAGCAUAAUUGCAAAUCAGCAAUCAGGCUUUAGGAAAAAUCAUUCAACCGAAACGUCCUUACUUACAGUUACAAAUAGAUGGUAUUGCAAUAUGGACAAUGGACUUCUGAACGGCGUUUUAUUUCUGGAUUUAAAAAAGGCAUUUGAUUGUGUAGAUCAUCAAAUCUUACUAAACAAAUUAGCAAUGUAUGGAAUUCGUGGUAUAACAUUAAAUUGGUUUAAGUCGUAUCUCUCCAAUAGAAAGCAAACUUGCAAAGCUAACAACAUAUUUUCAGAAAUGAAACCAAUUAAAACUGGUGUGCCGCAAGGCUCCAAUUUAGUCCCCCUGCUAUUUAUUAUCUAUGUCAACGACUUACCUAAUUGUCUAGACAGUGCUAGUGCAAGCAUGUUUGCCGAUGAUACAAAUAUAACAGCAACCGGUCAGACAGUACAACAACUCCAAAGUAAUUUGAAUAACAAUUUAGAAAAAGUACACCACUGGCUUCUCGCAAAUAAAUUAACUCUUAGUUACAAUAAAACAGAGUACAUGAUUAUUGGUUCAAGACAAAAAAUACUAAACAUUCAAGAAGAACCAAUAAUAAGCAUAGGUAAUGAACCUGUAAAGAAAAUUAAUAAAUGCAAAACACUUGGAGUUAUAAUCGAUGACAAAUUAAUGUGGAAAGACCAUAUAAAUGAAAUCAAUGCUAAAGUUUCGAAAGGUUUAGGAAUAAUGAGAAGGAUCAAAUCGCUUGUAACCCAGUCUGUCUUGCAAACUAUAUACAACAGCUUAAUACUCCCAUAUUUCGAUUACUGUAGCAUGGUAUGGGAUAAUGCAGCUAACUAUAACAUACAGAAACUACAAAAAAUGCAAAAUAGAGCGGCUAGAAUUUUAACAGGAAGCGGUUACGAUGCUCCUUCAAAGGAGUUACUGCGCCAACUCAACUGGGAAACGUUGGAAGAGCGCAGACGUAACAAAAAAGCAUUAUUAAUGUACAAGGUCAAAAAUGGAAUCGCACCUGAUUCAAUAGGAAAUUUGUUUAAUAUUUGUGAUAAUCAAAAUUACUCUUUAAGAAGCAAUUUAAACAACUUUACGUUAGAUAAGCCAAAUACAAAUUUCUUGAAAAAAGCAUUAGUUACUCUGGUGCAAAAUGUUGGAAUGAUCUCACAAAUGAUCUUAAGAGUAAGUCAAUGGGCAUAAAGAGGUUUAGAGCUAUUGUUGGGGGCGCAGAUUAGUUUCCAUAUGAUAUUUUGAAAUCAUUAAAAUAUUCUAGUAAAUAGUUAUUAUAGUAAUUAGUAGUAGUUUGUAGUUUAAGUUUCUUUUGUAUGUAUAUAUAUAUAUGUACCGGGUGUCCCAAAAAAAAGUACUCCGGUUUGAUUUAUAAUAACUUCUAAACAAGUAUAGCUAUGAAACAGAAAUAACAUGCAUUAAAUAGAGGAAGGACUAACUUAGAUUUUGAUAUAUUACAGUUGUAUUUUACUUAAAAAUUCACGGAGAUAUUAAUGUUCAAAAUCGGGAGCAUAUUUUGGGAUGUGUCUAAAAUUAGCGAAAAUCAGCAUAUCAAAUAUUAACUCCAGCGUUUGUUUGCUUAUUGACAUAUCUGGCUAACUGGUAUUUCAGCGAAUUGUCGUUAGGGUUUGUAAGGGAUAUAUGGCGUAGAUUUAGACAUCUUACAUGUAAUUCUUAGCUCAUUGUUUCCUGAAACAUGGACGUUCAAAAUUAUGAAAGUAUAUUUAAUAGGUCUUUGGCUUUGCAAACUUAAAGUUACAUGAAAGACCUUGAAGGCAGGCGCUUAAAUUUUUCUUAAAUAGCCUAAUUUUUUUAUGUUUUACAUGGGUUCAAAACAAAGUUGAUUAUUUCUCGGUUAGAGCAGGAUGAAUAUUAUUAUUUAAUGAAGGAAAUGAUAUUGCUUUUUGCAAAUACACAUCACAGUGUCAACACUACUAUUUUGUUACGUUUUGUUCCAAAAAUGUUGGAUGUCUCUGGGGAAUUGCUUGUUAUGCCUUUAAUUAUGGAGUUGUAUGGUUUGAUCGUGUUUCAUUCUCAGUUUAUUCUGAACUUGCCAAGAUUAAAAAAGGCAAAAGAGUUUGGGUGUUCUUAACAAGAUUUCAGAACGUUGAAGAAGUUAGAAAAUUCAUUCAAUGUGAAGUUAGAAAAUCCACAAUUCCAUUGUGACAGCAUGCCCUAAUUCAGAACUACGAACGAUCCAUGACGAUCCUUCGCGAUGCAGUGCUCUCAUGAAAUAAGGAAACGUAUUCGUGCUGGGAACACAUGCGGAUUUCCGACGAAUAAGUCUUGCUUUUAUUUUGUAGAUAAUAAUACUUUGUUUCAUAAUAAACGAUUUGUCAAGUGCCAUUUAUUUACUGGUAAUAAUGCAUGUUUCAGUCGGGCAAAUCUUGAUUAAUAUUUGAUACGCCGUUUUUGCAUAUUUCAGACACAUCCAGAAAUAUGCUCCCGAUUUUAAACAUUAAUAUCUCUGUGAAUUUUUAAGUGAAAUACAACUGUGAUAUAUCAAAAUCUAAGUUAGUCCUUCCUCUAUUUGAUGCAAGUUAAUUCUCAUUAAAAGCUUUACUUGUUUAGAAGUUAUUACGAAUCAAACCGGAGUACUUUUUUUUGGGACACCCGGUAUAUGUAUGUGUAUAUGUGUGUAUGUGUAUAUAUAUAUAUAUAUAUAUAUAUAUAUAUAUAUAUAUAUAUAUAUGUAUGUAUGUAUAUAUAUGUAUAUGUAUAUGUGGAUGUAUGUGUAUGUAUAUAUGUAUAUACGUGUGAACGCCCCCUUGUGUGAACGGCCCUUUGGAAAACAGUUUUUAACUAUAACUGAUAGGGCUACCGUUGUUAAAUAUUUUUAAAUAAAUAAUAAAAUAAAGGUACCUAACACUGAGGACAAGGUUCCUCAAGCUGAGGUCAACGUCCCUCACCCUGAGCACAAGGUUCCUGGCGGUGAGGACAAGGUUCCUCGCGCUGUGGACAAGGUACCUCACGCUGAGGACAAGGUUCCUCACGCUGAGAACAAGGUUCCUCACACUGAGGACAAGAUUCCUCACGCUGAGGACAAGGUUCCUCACGCUGAGGACAAGGUUCCUCACGCUUUGGACAAGGUUCCUCACGCUUUGGACAAGGUUCCUCACGCUGACGACAAGGUACCUCACACUGAGGACAAGGUACCUCACACUGAGGACAAGGUACCUCACAGUGAGGACAAGGUUCCUCACGCUGUGGACAAGGUACAUCAAACUGAGGACAAGGUUCCUCACACUGAGGACAAGAUUCCUCACGCUGAGGACAAGGUAACUUACGCUCAGGACAAGGUUCCUCACGCUGACGACAAGGUACCUCACACUGAGGACAAGGUACCUCACACUAAGGACAGGCACCUCACACUGAGGACAAGGUUCCUCACGCUGUGGACAAGGUACAUCAAACUGAGGACAAGGUUCCUCACACUGAGGAGAAGAUUCCUCAGGCUGAGGACAAGGUACCUUACGCUGAGGACAAGGUACCUCACACUGAGGACAAGGUGCCUCACACUAAGGAAAAGGUUCCAUACGCUGAGCACAAGGUUCGUCAAGCGGAGGACGAGGUACCUCACACAGAGGACAAGGUACCUCACACUGAGGACAAGGUUCCUCACCCGUAGAACAAGGUUCCUCAUGGUGAGGACACGGUUCCUUAUGCUGAGGACAAGGUUUCUCACGCUGAGGACAAGGUUCGUCACGCUGAGGACAAGGUACCCCACCCUGUGGACAAGGUACCUCACACUGGGGACAAGGUACCUCACACUGAGGACAAGGUACCUCACAGUGAGGACAAGGUAGCUCACACUGAGGACAAGGCUCCUCACGCUGUGGACAAGGUACCUCACACUAAGGCAAAGGUUCCAUAUGAUGAGGACAAGGUUCGUUAAGCUGAGGACAAGGUUCCUCACACUGAGGACAAGGUUCCUCACGCUGAGGACAAGGUUCCUCACGCUGAGGACAAGGUACCUCACACAGAGGACAAGGUACCUCACACUGAGGACAAGGUUCCUCACCCUGAAGACAAGGUUCCUCAUGGUGAGGACACGGUUCCUUGUGCUGAGGACAAGGUUCCUCACGCUGAGGACAAGGCUCCUCACUCUGAGGACAAGGUCCCUCAAGCUGAGGACAAGGUACCUCACACGGAGGACAAGGUACCUCACACGGAAGACAAGUUUCCUCACCCUGAGGACAAGGUUCCUCAUGGUGAGGACACGGUUCCUUAUGCUGAGCACAAGGUUCCUCACGCUGAGGACAAGAUUCCUCACGCUGCGGACAAGGUACCUCACGCUGUGGACAAGGUACCUCACACUGAGGACAAGGUACCUCACACUGAGGACAAGGUUCCUCACGCUGAGGACAAGGUACUUCACACUGAGGACAAGGUACCUCACACUAAGGAAAAGGUUCCAUAUGAUGAGGACAAGGUUCGUCAAGCUGAGGACAAGGUUCCUCACACUGAGGACAAGGUUCCUCACGCUGACGACAAGGUACCGCUCACUGAGGACAAGGUACCUCACACUGAGGACAAG